AUUAUUCUCAUGGCAUCCUGCAUGAAUAAACAAAUGCAUGAGGGCGCAUAUCAUGCAAUCGCCAAUGCGUUUGGCUACAUGUUCUUUGUUUAUGGAAAUAUAAUUUGGGUACGUUUCAGCGGUACGAUAACGUCUGAAAUAUGUGUUGAUUAUGGCAACGCUAUUUGCAUUUCAUUUAACGUCAAGUGCUAUAGCCACACUGCUUCUCUCUCUGGAUUCAAAUGCGAUAUUGAUCAGUCAGUCUCGGGAGCUCAAAUCAAAACAAUGAUGUCAUUCCUGAGCGUCACAUGCAUUUUAACCUUAGUUUUUACAUAAAAACAAACAAUUAUGGUCACUUAUCAGAUGUGUGAUCCAUUUUCCAACCCUCCGUUUGCCAUAAGAAGUGUGUUGUUAUUCCUUUCAGCUUUUUUCCAGUUGUAGUGUGCUAAUGUCAUGAUUUAAAUGAAGUAUUGAUCAGUUUAGGAGGGGAGAAUGGAGAGAGAGUGCAAUUGUAAGGCAAAGAAAGAGCAGGGUUAUCGGCUUGCAUCACACACCGAAAAGCAGAGCAAAAGGAUGAGCUGGGUUUUUAGGAUUAAAGGGAAACGAUUCUCAUUCUUCCCUCAUCGUUGUAGUCCACAAUCUGGAAGGAAUUCGAGUGUUUGCUAUGCCAGCAGAUGGAUGGGAAGAUGAGGCAAGGCUUGAAGUGCUUGUCACCAGACCACAAUCAAUGGGUAAGGCGAGGGGCGACUGUUUGAUUUAGGUGACUUAGGCAAAUCUGUGGAUUACUCUCGGGCCUCUAAUGAGUGAGGCUGAUUAAUUGAUCGUCGGCGGGGAGUGACCAGGCCUCCAUUUUGGAUAUGCAGCUGUCAUCAUGCGACAAUUUAAAAUGCAGAAGAGGAUGCUUGAUAAUGUUGGACUUGACUGGAACCAGGGAUCUGCCAAAUCUCCUCCUCCUCUGUCCUUUUCUCGACUCCCAUCUUCCCCUCCUCUCCGUUCUCUUUAGCAGCUGGACGUCCAAGAGCAGAGACUGCAGGAUCUGCAGCGAGAGCUGCAAGAAAGCCAGCAGGAGCUCCAGAGGAGACACGACCGCAACCAGCAGCUUCUCAGGUUGCUGCAAGAUGCCAGGAAGCAAGAUCAGGAGCUACAGGCUCAGACUAAGCAGAUCCAGCAGCUGGAGGAGGACGUGUCCAGGCUGAAAUCUCAGCAUAGUUCAGUCAGUCAGCAGGAAUGGUGUUGGCUCCGGAGGGCACAAGAGGACCUGAAAGCGAGAGAGGAGGAGUGGAGGAAAGAGAGAUCCUUCCUUCAAGAGCAGCUCGAUGGUGUCAGAGAGGAGCUCCACCAUGCCAAACACUCGGGGAAGAAGAGCAUCGGCUGAAAGUGCUGCAGAUUGAUGAACUCCAAAGAGAGGUUGACAAGACGCUGGCACUGCUUGAAAAGGAGAGAGAGGAUUGUGUAAAGGCCAAGGAGCUGGAACAACUGAGAGAAGAGCAACUCAAGGACAAGCUGGUAGAAGAGCAGUCCACAGUCUCCAGGCUGCAGUGUGAGCAACAGGAAGCAGAACAUCAGAGGGAUCUCCUGGGCACCAGAGUAGCUGCGCUGAACUGUGACAUCCAGCAGAAAGACUGCAUGCAGCUCACAGAGCAGGACGAGGUGUCCAGUAGAGAUGACCUGCAGGCGGCGGACCGCUCGAGAAUCUGACUGCUGCACAAGAGGAGGAAGAGGAGGUGAGGAACACCUGUCAAUCAUUUAGUCUUUGACAACUUUUAUAGGUGUCUGUGACAUAUACAGAUUGAAAAUACAGUGAUGUACACCUUUAUUGAAAAGUUGGGGGUCAGAUUCAGAGUCUCUUAUGC